AUGAUGGGUCGAAGACCAAUACCAACGAUUUCUCCUACGACAGCUACAACAGAAACAGGCCUGGAAACAACAACUUCUCCUGAGACAGACAGCGGCAAGACAGACUUUUUCUCAAAAGAGGUUGCUCUCAUCGUAGUGAUUUUGGUCUGGCUUUACUUCGUUUUUCGUCUUGUAAUUCAAGCCAUUGUCCAUGUUAUUACCAUCCGACACGCUCGUCAGCCAGAAAAUCAGCCACCAGCAACAGAACCGCCAGCAAGUCGACAAUCAGAAGCUCAUCAGCCACAAGGCAGCCUACCAGUACAAUCUCCUUCUCCUGAACUCGAGUGGGACGGUUCAUUUGACGCCUUGCCCCUUGACCUGUCCUCGACCGCUCCAAGAUCGAAUACCAAUCUCCUCACUCCGUCUUCUGCUUCCCCUGCUGCCAACAAUCCGACUACUGCGACACGCGAUCCGACGGUCAACUCUGCUGCUUCCGCUCUCAAUCUAACUCCUGCCCGUCAAACUGACAAUUCCGCCGCUCGCCUUUCUGCUCGCAAACCAAGUGCCGCUUCUUCAAUUGCUACGCCUUCAGUUUCGCCAGCAAACCCUGCCACUUCCGGCCUCCGAAAAGCUCCAAAGAAAACUUCCACCCGCCUUGCCGAGCCAAAAAAAUCACAAACAGUCAACCGACCUCCAUGGAAUGGAUCAGUUCGCACGACUUCCGCCGCGACAACAAAGACUCAAACCAAGCGAGACGUUGAGCAACCAGCUCGAGCAGUUCGCCAGCGUAAACAGACGUCCUCCCUGUCGAUCAACCAUUCCCGGAAAAAAUAUUAG